AUGUGGAGCAAACCGUUUUGUGCCAGUUUGUCUUCACAAAAACAGCAAAAAGUUAUUGAAGUGUACCUGUCUUUCCUUAAUAAUGAACAGUGGAAAUCUUUAUUUCCAAAGAGCUUCUCAACGCAAACUUAUAUCCGGCCAAAUUUUGACUACCCAUUUUUUGCAUCUGAAAUAAAUUUUGAUACGAUGGCUGAGGUGGUAUCUGACUGGUGCCGUCAAAAUCUCAGCGAAAAUUAUAUUUGGACAUUGUAUGAAGCUUUAUUUAUGGUGUUUCGCAAUAGAAAUUCCAAGAUAACAAAAGUCACUUGUUCAAUUGACACGCUUUCUUUUGAAGUGUGCCAAUAUUUGAUACAAAAUACCCAGAACUUUCAAGUUUGGUUGAAUUCGGUCAAAGAAUGUCGAUUGAUUUGUAAAAAGACACCUCAAGAGCCUCUACUGUUUAAAGCUUUGCCUGGUCUUACAGAAAACAUGAAAUACCUUGAAAUUUUCAUAGAUCAUCGUCAUUCUGGACAAGAUCUAGACAUGAGAAAAGUUUUUCCGAGAGGAGUAAACGAAUUUCGCGUUUUAAAACAUCUUCGAGACCACCACCUCGUCCAAAAUACUGAAUUUAUGGCAGACCGAUUCCUCCAAGAUGGAAUUUGGAAAUUUUGUAUUGAAUUUAUAAAUACCAAUUUCAACACUUCACACCCGUUGUUGCAGAACCCGCAAGCCAAUUACAAUAUCGAAUCGCUGAGUUUUCGAGGUUGCGGUGGUCUCGACAAUGUAAAAGUCUGUAAAUUAUUUGAAACUUCUUUUAAUAAUGUCAGAAAAAUUACAAUUAUAGAGGACACUGAAGUUUGUAUAGAAUUUUUAAAUUGGAUGCAGAAAGUGAACAAUUACAAUAUUCAGGAAGCAAAGCUUGCUUCUGCGAACAGUUACAUAAUUAACAAAUAA